UGCGGCGCAGUCGCCGUGACGAGGAAACCGAAAAAGGAACAAAAAAUCGCAAAAAAGCAAACAAAAAACAAAACCGCCGAGUACGCACAACACGAUCUUUCCUUAACUCUCCCCCCCUGCCAAAUCCCCCCCGAUCCCACACCCUCGCCGUCGCCGCCAUGUCGUCCGACCUGCGCCCGCCGGAGCACCAGGUGGCGGGCCACCGCGCGUCCGCCGACAAGCUGGGCCCGCUCGUCGACGGCGCGGGGCUCUUCUACAAGCCCCUCCAGGCCGGGGACAGGGGGGAGCACGAGCUCGCCUUCUACACCGCCUUCGCCGCGCACCCGGCCGUGCCGCCCCGGGUCCGGGACGCCUUCUUCCCGCGCUUCCACGGCUCCCGCCUCCUCCCGGCCCCGGCGAGCCCCGGGGGGGAGCCCUACCCGCACAUCGUGCUCGACGACCUCCUCGCGGGCCUCCCGUCCCCCUGCGUCGCCGACGUCAAGAUCGGCGCCUGCACGUGGCCGCCGCGCUCCCCGGACGCCUACGUCGCCAAGUGCCUCGCCAAGGACCGGGAGACCACCAGCGCGCUCCUCGGCUUCCGCGUCUCCGGCGUCCGGGUCGCCGCCGGCCAGGGCGGCGCCGUGUGGCGCCCGGACCGGUCGGAGCUGAAGGGGAUGGACGCGGACGGGGUCCGCCGCCUGCUCCGCCGCUACGUGUCGACGUGCGGCGGCGACGGCGACGGCCUGGACUGCGCCCUCGCCGCGGCGGUGUACGGAGGGGAGGCCGGUGUCCUGGCGCAGCUGCGCGAGCUCAAGGCGUGGUUCGAGGAGCAGACCCUGUUCCACUUCUACUCGGCGUCGAUUCUGCUCGGCUACGACGCCAAUGCGGCUUCCUCCGGGGGCGGCGGCGGUGUUAGGGUUAAGCUGGUGGACUUCGCGCAUGUCGACGAGGGGGAGGGGGUGAUUGAUCACAACUUCUUGGGCGGGCUAUGCUCGUUCAUCAAGUUCAUUGACGGCAUUGUUGCCGAGGCUACUGACAAGGCGUCUUCAGGUCCUUCUUGAGAUUUUGGCAGCUUGGAAAUAAUCAAAUGGUCCAACAUUGUGUUUAGCCUACCGCCGCUUGCAAUUGCAAAUGUCACACAUGUGUGCCAUCUAAUUGACUAAUUGAGUCAAUUGUUUGAAAGAGGAAACUUCACUGAGCUGCUGGUAACGUAAAUGCAAAGCGACCCACCGGCUGCUCUCCCGGCAAAUUUACGGCAACCAGUACCUUUUGCAUAACCCCCUUUAAAAUAUGGUAUGGGGUCGUACAUUGGAUAUAUUUUUUAAACCUUUUUUAAACAAAUAAUGAACUGAAGAUGGGCACCUCCAUUGCACCGAGAAAAGAGUUCUUUUGCACAAUUUCAUACUUGGAUUUUCACAUGAAUUUAACAAAGAAUUGUCAGAGCACCAUUCCAAGCCGAACACAUCAGUUUUUUUUUCAUCUGAAAACAAUUUUAUUUUCAGACAUUCGUCGAAUUUUAUUUCUUCUAAAGGUCGAUUCUUAGCACAAAACUGUGACAUUCGAAGCCGAGCGCCAUUACCAAAUUGUGCAACUUUAACGACCCUGCGAAUCAUUCUAAAAAACUUUGCUAUGGAACCUUAUGAAAUUU